AUGGCCAUCAAGCCGUCGAAGCAGGAGAAGAAGGUCGUCUACGACCAGAAACUCUGCCAGUUGCUGGAUCUGUAUAGCCAGGUGCUCAUAGUUGGCGCGGACAAUGUCGGGUCUAAUCAGCUGCAGGGCAUCCGCUCGGGGCUCCGUGGGGACUCGGUAGUGCUAAUGGGAAAGAACACGAUGAUGAAGCGCUCUAUCCGUCUUCACGCCGAGAAAACGGGCAACAACAACUACCUCAACCUGCUCCCCCUCCUCGUUGUGCGUUAAUGAUACUCUCCUACGUGUUCUGUCGUUUUGUCGUUCUUGUUACUCUCGGCGUUUUUCUUCCAUGCCCCUUGCUUAUAUUACCGUAUGUGUAUCGAAAUCUUGCGAUUGUACUCGUUUGAUUGCCUUGCUGAAUUUAUUUGGUAAUCAGUAAACAUGCGCUGCUCGGUUCCUUUUCACUUGUUUCAUGGAUUUUUUUGUGGGGAUGUUUUCCUCUUCUUUUAGCAUAGUCGCGUUCCUGUUCUCGCGGCACAAUUUUUUCCUAAUAUUGCACUUGCAAUAGCAAUUUUCUAGGCUGUGGCUUGUUCGUGAUGCUUAUAUGUUAGCAUGGAUCGUAUCGUCUCAUUGCAGGGAAACGUGGGGCUGAUUUUCACCAAGGGAGACCUGAAGGAAGUGAGCGAAGAGGUUGCCAAGUACAAGGUGUGCAUUUUUCAUGGUCCUUCAGUUUAUUUUCUCUCAGGGGAUUGAUUGACUUCGUCAUUCCAAUUGAAUUAGGGCGGAAUCUUGUUUUUCUUGUCAGUUGUAAUGGUUAUGUUGUAUCCGCGGACAUAUGGCAGUAUGGAAAUGCUGAAAAAUCCAUAUUAAUCCCAUAGAAUGUUGUAUCUGCAGUAAGGUUGACCUGCUUUAGUGACUCUCUCAGGUGACCAUCUGUAAUCCAUAUCUGCCGGAAUACUCAUCUGUGUCAGAAAUCGUACGCCGAUACCUUUUUUAUGCUUGGUGCGUCGAGUAAUAUUCCCGAACGGCAGCAAACCAUUAGCAAUAUCUGCUUUCUCGUGUUAGGAUGCCAUCCUAUGAUUUUCCUUGGCGCAUUACCUGAUUGCUUCUGAUAUCUGAUUCUGGACUCGCACGGCGAUUGUUUGUCAGGCCUAGCUUAAUUUUGAUGUAUGUUUGUCGUAUAAACCUUGGCCGUAGAUGAAGUUUAUUUUUCAGAAAAAGUUAGUUUUACUUUUAAAAUGAUUGUCUGCUGAAUAAUAUCUAUCACUUAUAGUGCGACAUGUUUGUUCCUGAUAUGAUUUUCUUGGAUGUGGUCUUGAGGUUGACUUUUAUGUCUUUCAUCGCUUCAUUUCCACUAUGUUUUUCAUCAUUUAUUGGUGUGCAUCAUUCUGUUUGAUAGAAAUAUUAAUAUUAACACCUAUAUGCCUUAUGCGCCCUUGGCGAGAACCAGGUUGGAGCUCCCGCUCGUGUUGGGCUUGUUGCUCCCAUUGACGUCAUCGUUCCACCUGGCAACACAGGGUUAGACCCAUCGCAAACCUCUUUUUUUCAGGUAUCCACCCUCACAACCCACAGCGGCGUCUGCUUGUUGUUUACAUAGCCUGCCGAUAUAUCACGUGGUGCUUCGUGUUUGUGUCUAGGUCCUCAACAUCCCUACCAAGAUUAACAAAGGUACUGUUGAGAUUAUCACCCCCGUGGAGCUGAUCAGAAAAGGUGAGAAGGUAGGCUCCUCAGAGGCUGCCCUACUCGCUAAGCUUGGGAUCAGGCCCUUCUCGUAUGGUCUGGUCAUCCAGUCCGUCUAUGAUGAUGGGUCCGUAUUCAGCCCCGAGGUUCUGGACCUUACUGAGGAUGAUCUGAUAGAGAAGUUCGCAACUGGUGUUUCUAUGGUCACCUCACUGGCCUUGGCCCUGUCCUACCCGACCCUCGUGGCUGCACCGCACAUGUUCAUAAACGCGUACAAGAAUGUGCUCGCCGUUGCCGUUGCCACAGAGUACUCCUUCCCGCAGGCUGAGAAGGUCAAGGAGUAUUUGAAGGUUUGCGUUCUGACACGCAAGGCAACAAAGAAGGCGCAUCUCUUAUUAUCUUUUCAAAAACCUUUAUUCUUUAUACUGUUUUGUAACUGUAGGAUCCCAGCAAGUUCGCAGUUGCUGCAGCUCCGGUUGCGGCUGAUACGGGUGCCGCUCCUGCAGCAGUCGCCGUGGAAGAGAAGAAGGAAGAGCCCGCUGAGGAGUCAGACGACGACAUGGGAUUCAGUCUGUUUGAUUAG